CAACGCUAAAUAAUGAUACUAUUCAAUAUAUACCCUUUCUCCAACAAAACAGCACAGUAAAUAUGCCUCCAAAUUCAUCCUUCUUGCUCCAUAGGAUCCACAAUAACACCCCCAAUACGAACUCCACCUCCACCACAACUAUAGCUACAGCUGAUAAUUCCUCCAUGCUUUGCCAAAAGCGGUAUCCUUUAACAUGCACCAUGCCUGUCCCCGACACCGUUGCUCGCCACCAUACCCACCCUGUUGGCCCCAAUCAGUGCUGCUCAGCCGUCAUCCAGCAGAUCGCGGCCCCUGUCUCAACUGUCUGGUCCGUCGUUCGCCGCUUCGAUAACCCACAGGCUUACAAGCACUUCGUGAAGAGCUGUCACGUCAUCGUUGGGGAUGGUGAAGUUGGUACCCUCCGUGAAGUCCACGUCAUCUCGGGCCUCCCGGCCGCUAGGAGCACGGAACGCCUCGAGAUCCUUGACGACGAGCGUCAUGUUCUCAGCUUCAGCGUCGUCGGUGGAGACCAUCGACUAGCCAACUACCGGUCGGUGACGACCCUCCACCCUUCGACUGCCGGGAAUGGAACGAUGGUGGUGGAAUCAUACGUGGUGGACGUACCGCCGGGGAACACCAAAGAUGACACGUGUGUGUUCGUGGACACCAUUGUUCGGUGCAACCUGCAGUCACUGGCUCAGAUCGCAGAGAAUCUCGCCAGACGCAAAUAACAAACAUCGAAAGGAAGCCAUUUUCGUGAGUGAAACUCUUCAUCAAAAUAGAUUAAUUCUCUCCCUCUCUCUCUCGCAUGCUUUUUGUAAAAAAAAUCUUUGGUGAUACAUCGUCGUUUUUGUAAGUAUCCGAUAGUUGGGUUGCCGAUGGAACAUCUCAUCACUGCCAAGUUCAUGUUUAUCGAUUCGCCUGAUGAUCAGC